AUGCUUCUGGCGCGAAUGAACCCGCAGGUGCAGCCGGAGCUCGGCGGGGCGGACCCGCUGCCUGAGCAGCCCCUACGGCCCUGCAAAACCGCGGAUCUGCUGGUGGUGAAGGAGCGCAAUGGGGUCCAGUGCCUCUUGGCGUCCCAGGACGGCGACGCGCAGCCUCGGGAGACUUGGGGCAAGAAGAUCGAUUUCCUACUGUCCGUGGUCGGCUUCGCAGUGGACCUGGCCAACGUGUGGCGCUUCCCCUAUCUCUGCUACAAGAAUGGUGGUGGUGCCUUCCUGAUCCCAUACACGCUGUUCCUCAUCAUUGCUGGGAUGCCACUGUUUUACAUGGAGCUGGCUCUGGGGCAGUACAACCGGGAAGGGGCAGCCACGGUGUGGAAGAUCUGCCCUUUCUUCAAAGGAGUGGGCUACGCAGUGAUCCUCAUUGCCCUCUAUGUUGGCUUUUACUACAAUGUCAUCAUUGCCUGGUCACUCUACUACCUCUUUGCAUCCUUCACCUUGAACCUGCCCUGGACCAACUGCGGCCAUGCCUGGAACAGCCCCAACUGCACUGACCCCAAACUCCUCAACGCCUCGGUGCUGGGAGACCAUACCAAAUACUCCAAAUACAAGUUCACACCGGCUGCCGAGUUUUAUGAGCGCGGUGUUCUUCAUCUGCACGAGAGCAGUGGGAUCCAUGACAUCGGCCUGCCCCAGUGGCAGCUGCUGCUCUGUCUGACGGUCGUCAUCAUCGUCCUGUACUUCAGCCUCUGGAAGGGCGUGAAGACGUCGGGAAAGGUCGUGUGGAUCACAGCCACCCUGCCUUACUUUGUGCUGUUUGUGCUCCUGGUCCAUGGUGUCACGCUGCCUGGUGCCUCCAAUGGCAUCAAUGCCUACCUGCACAUUGACUUCUACCGCCUCAAAGAGGCCACGGUAUGGAUUGAUGCUGCAACUCAGAUAUUUUUUUCCCUGGGGGCUGGAUUUGGAGUCUUGAUUGCAUUUGCCAGUUACAAUAAAUUUGACAACAACUGUUACAGGGAUGCCCUGCUGACCAGUACCAUCAACUGUGUUACCAGCUUUAUUUCUGGCUUUGCCAUCUUCUCCAUCCUUGGUUACAUGGCCCAUGAGCAUAAGGUCAAGAUUGAGGAUGUUGCUACUGAAGGAGCUGGCCUUGUGUUUAUCCUGUAUCCAGAAGCCAUAUCCACUCUGUCCGGAUCCACGUUCUGGGCUGUCCUGUUCUUCUUGAUGCUCCUGGCUCUGGGUCUGGACAGCUCAAUGGGAGGCAUGGAAGCAGUUAUCACUGGACUGGCUGACGACUUCCAGGUCCUGAAGCGGCAUCGGAAACUCUUCACUUUUGGUGUCACCAUAAGUACCUUCCUUCUGGCCAUGUUCUGCAUAACCAAGGGAGGAAUUUACGUACUGACUCUGCUAGACACCUUUGCAGCAGGCACCUCCAUUCUGUUUGCGGUGCUUAUGGAAGCGAUCGGAGUUUCCUGGUUUUACGGUGUGGACAGGUUCAGCAAUGACAUCCAGCAGAUGAUGGGCUUCAAGCCAGGCCUGUACUGGAGACUGUGUUGGAAGUUCGUCAGCCCUGCCUUCCUCCUGUUUGUCGUGGUGGUCAGUAUCAUCAACUUCAAGCCGCUCACCUAUGAUGACUACGUCUAUCCUCCCUGGGCCAACUGGGUCGGGUGGGGCAUUGCCCUCUCAUCCAUGACCCUGGUACCUGCAUAUGUCAUCUACAAGUUCUUCAGCAUACGGGGCUCCCUUUGGGAGAGAGUAGCCUACGGCAUCACGCCGGAGAAUGAGCACCACCUGGUGGCCCAGAGAGACGUGAGACAGUUCCAGUUGCGGCACUGGCUGGCUAUCUGAACCUGGCCCCGAGGAGGAGGAACCCACGGGUCAACAUCCGGGCCAAGGGCAUCCUCUUCACCCCCAAGUGGACACCGCCCUGGGAUUCCUAUCCUGGAAGAACCUUUCCCAACCCUCUUGUUUUCCCAGUUACUAAUGAUUCUGUGACUCUGGUUUUGUUCACCUUCUGUUCAUUGGGCCUGGAGGCAGCGAGUGUGGAGAACUAGUGAGCCUCGAGGAAGAAGAUGGAAGGAGGGAAUGGGACAUGGCUUCUGGAACUCUGGCUUGAGGACAAUCUCAGUGCACACCUGAGCUGAGGUUCAUGGCUCAGGCAGAACCCUUUCCCGAAUGUGCUUGUGCUUCAAAUCAUAGAAGAAACCUUUGAUUCAUCGAGGCUGAGAGAAAAUUGACAUUUGGAUAGAGAUCAAAAGCCCAACCAAAG